UCUUGCUGUCCAAUCACAACAGCCAACCUCUGAGUCCAAAGUCCAAACUCUGCUUUCUCUCAUUCUCUUUCCCUCUUUCCUUCAAAGAUUUUUGAGCAAAAAUUUAGAUUCAUUUCUUCAAGCUUGGCUAUCUCAGCUUUGCUUUUCUGAAGCUUCUCUAUUUCCCUUUCUCUUUCCACUGAUAGCUCAGACACUCACCCUUUCCCUUUCUUUCUUCUCUUUUCUUUGUUGCUCAGGCCUCAAGGAAAAAAGAAGAAAGAAUAGAUCUCUCCCCCCCCAGCUUUCUUCUUCCAAUCUCAUUCUCUGUCCCUAUUGCCUUCUCCCCCCAUUUAUUGCUUAUCUUCCUUAGUUUUCCUAAUUGGGUUUUCAAAGAGGUACAAGAAGCUGCAUACACAACUGUGUUUUGUCUCUUUAUCUGUGUUCUGUGGAUUCUUGGGGCUUUAAUGGGUUCAGAUCCCAUUAGUGGUUCUGGGGUUUUAUCUUGGAGUUUUGGGGUUGGGUUUUAAUAUUAUCUUCAAAACAUUUCUUUGAAAUUUGGAAAGGUGGGUCUUUUGUAGAUUCCUAUACAGAUAAAGGUAUUCUGAUUCCUAUUUCUAUAUGCCCCCUUGAUUUAACACUGAUAUUAUCAUUCUCAAACCUCCACCUCUUCUUCUGCAUUUCCUCUUCUACACUUGUUCCCCUCAUCUCUCUCUCUCUCUCUCUGCUCUGUUUUCCAAUCCCAAAAAACUCAAUGCUUACUUGAUUUGGUGUUAUGAAGUUGGAAAUGGAAAUUCUCUCCCCUUCAUCCUACUUCUCUGCUUCUAAUUGGCUCCUUGAGGAGACCAAGAGCUCGAAAUGGACUCCUGCUGAGAAUAAGAUGUUCGAAAACGCCUUGGCCCUGCACGACAGGGAUACGCCGGACAGGUGGCACAAGGUGGCGCAGAUGAUACCUGGGAAGACUGUUGGAGAUGUGGUGAAGCAGUACAAGGAGUUGGAAGCUGAUGUGGGGAAAAUCGAAGCGGGGUUGGUCCCUAUUCCGGGGUAUGGUACCUCUCCAUUCACAUUGGAAUGGGUUAAUAGACAUGGAUACGAUGGAUUCAAACAGACUUAUGGGAUUGGUGGCAAGAGAGGUGCUUCAGCUAGACCAGCUGAUCAGGAAAGAAAGAAAGGAGUUCCAUGGACUGAGGAUGAGCACAAGCUGUUUUUAAUGGGACUGAAGAAGUACGGCAAAGGAGACUGGAGGAACAUUUCUCGGAAUUUCGUUGUAACUCGAACCCCCACUCAGGUGGCUAGUCAUGCACAGAAGUACUUUAUCAGGCAGCAUUCCGGGGGAAAAGACAAGAGAAGAGCGAGCAUACAUGAUAUAACAACUGUGAAUCUCAGUGACACCAGAACUCCAUCUCCAGACAACAAGCCUCUCUCGCCGGAUCACUGCCACUCUGCUGCCUUCUCUCAGCCAAAUUCUGCUAGGAUUCCGCCUUUCCAGUGGCAUCAGGGCGGCAAUGGCACAAACAUGGCUUUCGGUCAGGCUCAUGGGAACAUGUUCAUGUCCAACAGUCAUGGGAUUGGUUCUUAUGGACUUAACAAAAGUACGGUUCAUGAAUCUUACUAUGCACCUCAGAAUUUGUCUUUUCAGAUCCAAUCGGCACAGCACUACCCCCAUGGAUGAUGAUCUAGGAGCUUGUGUACUAAAUCAUCUACGGGAUUUAUGUCUCAUUAUGGUCUUUUAGUUCAUUAGUAUAGCGGGGAACGCUAUAUCUGAGUCUUGUUUUUUGCUUUCAUGGUUUCUUGUGAAUAUGUCAUUCAGAACUUUGAGUUAGUUUAAAGUAUUGGAAGGGGAAACAGGAUCAAAUCCUGGAAUUUCGACU